AUGUCGGGAACGUUCUCCAAGGCCGAUGUGGCCUCGCACAGCAAGGCCGACAACCUGUGGAUCAUCGUCGACGAGGAUGUCUACGACCUGACAAAGUUCCAGGAUGAGCACCCGGGCGGCAAGAAGAUCCUCCAGCGCGUUGCCGGCAAGGACGCCUCGAAGCAGUUCUGGAAGUAUCACAAUGAAGGCAUCUUGAAGAAGUACCAGAAGCAGCUCCAGGUUGGCUCGCUUGACAGCAAGCCCAAGCCCGCUGCUGCUCCUCCAACACCGCCCAAGACGCCGCCCGCGAAGCCCAAGGCCGAGUCCGGCACCGUGUCUGUUGUUCCCCAAGAGGACUUCGAGCCUCUCGACCAGUUCGGUGACCUGAUUCCCUUCGCCGAUCCAUCAUGGUAUCAGACUUACCACUCGCCCUACUUCAACCAGACCCAUGCCGACCUCCGCGCCGAAAUCCGGGAAUGGGUCGAGAACGAGAUUGUCCCCAACGUCACCGAGUGGGACGAGGCCAAGAAGGUGCCAGACGAGAUAUACAAGGCCAUGGGCGAGAAGGGCUAUCUUGCCGGUCUACUUGGCCUUCACGAGUGGCCCAAGCACCUUACCGACAAGACGGUGGCAAGUGUGGAUCCGGCAAAGUGGGACCUCUUCCACGAGAUGCUCUUGACCGAUGAAUUGUCGCGUGCUGGAAGCGGUGGUUUCGUGUGGAAUGUCAUUGGCGGAUUCGGUAUCGGGUGCCCGCCCGUCGUCAAGCACGGCAAAAAGGAGCUCGUCCAGAGAAUUCUGCCCGGCAUCCUGAGCGGCGACAAGCGUAUCUGCUUGGCCAUCACCGAGCCUGACGCCGGUAGUGAUGUCGCAAAUCUCACCUGCGAGGCCAAGCUUUCCGAGGACGGCAAGCACUACAUUGUCAACGGUGAGAAGAAGUGGAUCACCAACGGUAUCUGGUGUGACUACUUCACCACCGCGGUCCGCACUAGCGACAAGGGUAUGAACGGUGUUUCCGUCCUGCUCAUCGAGCGCGACAUGGGCGGCGUCAGCACCCGCCGCAUGGACUGCCAGGGUGUGUGGAGCAGCGGCACCACCUACAUCACCUUCGAGGACGUCAAGGUCCCCGUGGAGAACCUGAUUGGCAAGGAGAACCAGGGCUUCAAGGUCAUCAUGACCAACUUCAACCACGAGCGCAUUGGCAUCAUCAUCCAGUGCGUGCGCUUCUCGCGCGUCUGCUACGAGGACUGUGUCAAGUACGCGCACAAGCGCCGCACCUUUGGCAAGAAGCUCAUCGACCAUCCCGUCAUCCGCCUGAAGCUUGCCCACAUGGCCCGCCAGAUCGAGGCGACGUAUGCCUGGCUGGAGAACCUCAUCUUCCAGUGCCAGCGCAUGAGCGACAUGGAGGCCAUGCUCAAGCUCGGCGGCGCCAUCGCCAGUCUCAAGGCCCAGGCCACCACCACGUUCGAGUUCUGCGCCCGCGAGGCUUCGCAGAUCUUCGGUGGUCUGUCGUACUCUCGUGGCGGACAGGGCGGUCGCGUUGAGCGCCUCUACAGGGACGUCCGCGCCUACGCCAUCCCCGGUGGCUCGGAAGAGAUCAUGCUGGACCUGAGCAUCAGGCAGUCGCUGAGAGUACACAAGGCGCUGGGCAUGAAGUUGUGA